GCAUUCCAAAAAUAUAUAUACCUUUAUUUUAAGCUAUUAAAUCUUCGGCCAACUUUCCUUUGGAAUCAAAUGGCAACCGCUAAAGUUUCCAAGGCCUCCAAAUGGUUCUCGAACAAGACCCUUAGGUUAAGCCUUCACCGCCGUCGAUCCAAGUCUAGCCCCACUCCAACCUUUCCCGAAUCAUCACCUUCGCCUCCUCGUAAAACCCCAAAGAGGCCUUACGAGGAGAUGAAAGAAGUGUUCCGCUAUUUCGACGGCGACGAUGACGGGAAAAUCUCCGCUCUCGAACUUAGGGCAUACUUCGGGUCCAUCGGAGAGUACAUGUCGCAUGAAGACGCUCAAGCGGUGAUCAACGAACUCGAUUCCGACGGCGAUAGCAUGUUGGACUAUCAGGAUUUCUUGAAGUUGAUGAAAGUAGAAAACAGGGACGACGACGAUGAUCUGAAGAGAGCGUUCGAGAUGUUCGAGUUGGAGAAAGGUUCGGGUUGCAUAACUCCGAAAGGGUUGCAAAUGAUGUUGAAUCGCCUUGGCGACGCAAAGUCUUACGAUGAGUGCGUUGCGAUGAUCCAGGUUUAUGAUAUCGACGGGAAUGGAGUGCUUGAUUUUUACGAGUUUCACGAAAUGAUGGCUUAAUUCCAUAGUGUAAGUACUACGUUCAUGCCUUCAAUUUGUAAUUAAGCAAUAUUAUACUACAAUGGAUGUUGCUAGAGAAAGAACCCUACUUUAAUUGUAUUUGAAGUCAUUAAGUUCUUAUUUCUCUCAAAAUUAUGCUUGUUAUUAGGAUCCUAUUAAUUCCAAAAUUACUAAAAUUGAACUU